GUAAAUGCGUGUAUAUGUGCGUGUGUGGUUUUGCAUUUUAUCAUGCAGCAUGUGAUAAAGCGGAAGUAACAGAGUGUUGGCGCUCCGCGUCUGUGUAUUGUAGAUGAAGAAAAUGCUCCUAAUUCUAAUCCUCCAAGUGGCACUCGUUGAAUCCCUCACGGAAGUCUCUGGGUACCCUGGGGAUACCAUCAUCUUGCACUCAGGAGCCGACCCAUCAUGGAAACUUUCCUCAAUUGAGUGGUCAAUAUUCUCAAACAACACUUGGAUUGCCACCCAUCGCAACAGUAAGACAAUCAUCGAACGGGUCGAUCGGUAUAAAGGGAGACUCGAACUCAACAUCUCCUCAGGUGACUUGACGAUCAAGAAUUUGGCCAAAGAGGAUAGCAUGGAAUACACUGUGCACUUCACCAAUACGAAGAGACAGAACAGCGGAAACAAGACUAAGCUCACAGUGAGACAACGACUCCAGAAACCGACCUUGAACAAGACCUACAAAUCUGAAGAAGGAGGCUGUAGGUUGUGGCUGCUUUGUUCCUCCACGGAUAAUGGCGUCGACGUGUCCUGGCAGGGUGAAGCUCCCGGUGUAACCGUCUUCAACAAGCUGAAUCCUGAUGGCAACUCUGCAAUUCUUAAAGCAUUUCUCAAAACCACACAGGACAGUGCUAAUUUCACCUGCACCUCCAGCAAGAAUACGGAGAAGGCCUCAACCAAUGUCACUCUAAAGUGUGAUGAUGACAAGCCUCAGCCUCCAGACCCGGAUAAUCAGUACAGGAGAAGAGAUGGUCUUAUUUAUGUGUUCAGCAUGAUGUUUUUACUGUCAUUUUUUAUAAUACCCUUUUACAGAGAAGUGUAACACAUGAAUGAAAGAAAUGAAUGUAUUUUUGAGAGAAUCUGGACACAAUAUAAUUAAGACCUGUACAAUCUAAUGCAAACCACUAAAAAAAACUCCACAAACUACUGCUUCAAAAAUUCAGAGAACCAACAGAUUCACAAUGAUAGUGAUGACAUUUUAUUGUACAGGCCUUAAUGAUAUGGAGUACGCCUCAUUUUAUGCAUCUGUGAUGCAAAACCAUCACCUUUUUUUUUUUUUUCAUUUUCUCUGGUUCUCAUGUCUUGUCUGCCUUUCUCUUUUAUUCUUUAAAAACACGUUUUAACUUUG